AUGCGGUUCUUUCAAACGCCCGUCCACAGUAUUCUUCCAGAUCUGCGACACCACGGCAGGCUGCGUACUCUGUCCGCAACAAUGGAGGAUUACUUAAAAAUCGAGAAAAUUGGUGAAGGUACCUAUGGUGUGGUUUACAAGGGCAGACACAAGGCCACAGGGCAGGUCGUGGCUAUGAAGAAGAUCCGCCUGGAGAGUGAGGAUGAGGGAGUCCCCAGCACCGCUGUCAGAGAGGUGGCCUUGCUGCAGGAGUUGAAGCACCCCAAUGUGGUCAGGCUGCUUGAUGUUCUGAUGCAAGAGUCUCGCCUUUACCUCAUCUUUGAAUUCCUGUCCAUGGAUCUAAAGAAGUACCUUGACUCCAUCCCGUCCGGACAAUACAUGGACAACAUGCUUGUGAAGAGUUAUCUUUACCAAAUCCUGGAUGGAAUCUACUUUUGUCAUUGUCGACGAGUUCUUCAUCGGGACCUGAAACCACAGAACCUUCUGAUUGACAACAAGGGAGUCAUCAAACUGGCCGACUUUGGACUGGCACGGGCUUUCGGGGUUCCUGUUAGAGUUUACACACAUGAGGUGGUCACCCUGUGGUACAGGGCUCCAGAGGUCCUCUUGGGGUCUCCCCGGUACUCCACCCCGGUGGACUUGUGGAGCGCAGGGACCAUCUUUGCAGAACUAGCAACAAAGAAACCCCUCUUUCAUGGAGACUCUGAAAUAGAUCAGCUCUUCAGGAUUUUCAGAACUUUGGGGACCCCUAAUAAUGACGUGUGGCCUGAAGUUGAGAGUCUGCCUGAUUACAAGAACACAUUUCCUAAAUGGAAAGCUGGCAGUUUAUCAUCAAUGGUGAAAAACCUUGAUAAGAACGGCCUGGACCUGCUUUCUAAAAUGCUGAUCUACAACCCCCCAAAGAGGAUUUCUGCACGAGUAGCCAUGACACACCCAUAUUUUGAUGAUUUGGACAAGUCCACUCUCCCUGCUGCCAGUAUCCAAAAUAUUUAA